AGUCUUUUGGGCAGAGCCGCCACGCUCCGGUCUAAUGUCGGAAACCGGUGAGGAGCAGCUCUUGGAGACUACGGGCGCCACCGGGAACGGGCAUGAGGCUGCCCCCAAAGGCAAGUCGCCCGCUGGGCCCGGCAGCGGGGCCGCAGCGAGUGCUGGAGGUGGGAGCAAGGCACCUCUGGCAGGCAACCAGAACGGCGCUGAGGGCGACAAGAUCAACGCCAGCAAGGAAGAGAAAGAUGCAAGAAAAAUGUUUGUUGGUCACCUGAGCUGGGAUACCAGCAAAAAGGACCUAAAGGAUUAUUUUAGCAAGUUUGGAGAGGUCAUUGACUGUACAAUAAAAAUGGAUGCCAACAUUGGCCGGUCAAGAGGAUUUGGGUUUAUUCUCUUCAAAGAUGCGGCUAGUGUGGAGAAGGUCCUCAACCAGAAAGAGCACAGGCUGGAUGGCCGUGUCAUUGACCCGAAAAAAGCUAUGGCCAUGAAGAAGGAGCCUGUAAAGAAAAUUUUUGUGGGGGGUCUGAAUCCCGAAGCCACUGAGGAGAAAAUUAGAGAGUACUUUGGCGAGUUUGGGGAGAUCGAGGCCAUUGAUCUUCCAAUGGAUCCAAAGUCAAACAAACGACGAGGUUUUGUUUUCAUCACCUUUAAAGAGGAAGAACCUGUGAAGAAGGUUCUAGAGAAAAAGUUCCACCCCAUCGGCGGAAGUAAGUGUGAAAUCAAGGUGGCUCUGCCCAGAAAAGUCUAUCCACAGCAGCAGAAUGGCUCUGGGGGCCGUGGAAACCGCAACAGAGGGAACCGAGGUAGUGGUGGUGGCGGUGGAAGUGGAGGAGGUCAGAGUCAGAGUUGGAAUCAGGGCUAUGGCAACUACUGGAACCAGGGCUACGACUACUCGCCCUAUGGCUAUUAUGGCUAUGGCCCCGGAUACGACUACAGUCAGGGUAGUACAAAUUACAGGAAGAGCCAGCGACGUGGUGGCCAUCAGAAUAACUACAAGCCCUACUGAGGCUUCGGCAAGAGUGCCCGUCUGACCGCACACGCUUUGUUUGGGUAUUGGGUGAACACAAACAAUUAUGUACCAGAUUUAACUUGGCAUACUUUCUAUGGCCUGUCCCAUGUGCAUCUUGUUUAAAAUUUCCCCCCUGGAAAUCACUCUCUUGUUUACUAUUUCCAGAGCUCUAGUUGUUUUAAGCAGCGUGUGGUGUCUCAGAGGCCAGAGCGGCUCUGUGGGCUGAUUUUAUUACCAGGUUACCCAGAACCAGAUGGGAGGGUCAGUUUCCUGCUGCCCCUCUGCAUCCUGGACCUGUGGACCCUGGUUGUAAAAUAGUCGAUCUUAGGAAACCAGUGUCACCUUUUUUCACCUUUUAAUUUUAUAUUAUUUGUGUCAUACAUUUCCUGUAAUGGAAGUGUUAAUUUUACUGUAUUUUUUGGUACCUUUUGGGAAUCUAAUGUAUUGUAAGGUAUUUUACACAUGUCCUGAUUUUGCCAUGACCUGGAUAUUGAAGCUAUCCAAGCUUUUGAAAUAAAAAUGUAAAAACCCCUAAAAAAAUAAAACACAGAA